AAGUUUAGGCUUUGGUUUAUAAGUUAUAUGGUAUGAAAUGAAAUUUACAAAAAUUUGAGAAUUAAGCCGUUACUCUUGGUUUUAUAUAAUGCUAAGAUUAUAGUACAUGGAUCAAUUUGAGAAAAUAAAAAAAAAAUAAAAAAAAGAAUGGCAUCACCCGUAAAUUAGCGGAAAUCGAAGCCCAAUGCUGCCAACUAGACACUCUAGGAUCUAUCUAUAGGAGUCUCUUCCUCUUCAACUCACUUCACUUGCAGUUCUGAACUGUCCUCCUCUCCCGUCCACCGCCACUCCACAGUCCACUUUCUCUCUCUCCCGGUAUAACAGAACAGCCACAAUGCGGCUCUCCAGUGUCGUCUUUCUACUGCUACUACUCUCCUCCGCCUCCACCCUCACUGACGCCCACAAUAUCACGCACCUACUCGCCAAGCACCCAGCUUUCUCCACCUUCAACCACUACCUAACCAUAACCCACCUGGCUGCCGAGAUCAACCGCCGCACAACAAUCACAGUCUGUGCGGUCGACAACGCCGCCAUGUCUGAGCUCCUGUCCAAGCACCCUUCCAUCUACACAAUCAAGAACAUUCUCUCCCUUCACGUCCUCUUAGACUACUUCGGCGCCAAGAAACUCCAUCAGAUAACCAACGGCACAGCACUAGCCGCCACCAUGUUCCAGGAAACUGGAUCUGCGCCGGGAUCCUCGGGUUUCGUUAACAUUACAGAUAUGAAGGGAGGGAAGGUAGCAUUAGGACCUGAGAACAACGGCGGGAAACUUGAUGUGAACUUCGUAAAAGCUCUGGAGGAAAUGCCUUAUAACAUUUCGGUUAUACAGAUCAGCAAGGUUUUGCCUUCGGACGUGGCUGAGGCUCCGACACCAGGGCCGAGCCAGAUGAACUUGACGAGCAUAAUGUCGGCUCACGGUUGCAAGCUUUUUGCUGAUACUUUGCUGGCAAAUUCUGAAGCCUCAAAGACAUAUCAGGACAAUCUUGAUGGAGGACUAACAGUGUUUUGCCCACUGGAUGAUCCAUUCAAAGCCUUCUUACCUAAAUUCAAGAACUUAACAGCAGCAGGAAAAACUUCAUUCCUUGAAUUCUUCGGUGUGCCUGUCUAUCAAUCUCUAUCUAUGUUAAAAUCCAACAACGGUCUCAUGAACACUCUGGCUACUGAUGGGGCAAACAAGUUCGAUUUCACAGUGCAAAAUGAUGGUGAAGAUGUGACGUUGAAGACAAGGAGUACCACAGCAAAAAUCACUGGGACUUUGAUAGAUGAGCAGCCAGUUGCUGUAUAUACUAUUAACAAGGUUUUGUUGCCUAGAGAAUUGUUCAAGGCAGAAGCACCAACCCCUGCUCCAGGACCCGCCCCAGAGAAAGCCGCAGAUGCACCAAAAUCCAGUAAGCAUAAGGACUUGUCUUCAGCACCAUCAGACUCACCGGCAGAUGCACCGGCUGAUGACUCAGCUGAUCAAGUAGCUGAUGACAAUGUUGGUGUAAGAUUCACUGGCGGAAGACUCUCUGCUGUGGGGCUAAGUUUAUGGUUAGGGCUUUUGAUGCUGUAAGUUUUUUCAAGAUUCCUUUUUACCAAGUUUGUGGACAAUAAGUCAAGCCCUUAAUGGGCUAAUUUAUUACUGAUUGAGGAUGUGGUUGCUUUCUAGUGCGUGGUGUUUUAUUUUUGGUUUGUUUUCAAGAGGAUUUUCAGAGGUUUGUGAUUUGUAAUAGAUGCUGUAGAUUUACUGAUACAACACUGUUGUUGUCACCAAUCAGGAAGAUUUUGGCAUAUUUAUAUAAAAACUGUUAUGUUCCA